UUGAAUUUUUGCGCAACGAACUGUCAAACUGCCGCGAGAAAUCGAUUUGUGUUUACGUUUCGGAAUUUCGAGUUUUGUGAGUGGAAAAUGAGCAAACCGAAGCCAUACUUUGCCAUCAUAUCGGGCCUCUGUGCGUCGUCGGCGAGUUUCUUCGGCAAGCUGAGCUCGCUGGGGCAGGAAAUUGCGGAAAAUGCUGGUUACAAGCAGUUCGAGCUGCUCGCCCAGAUCGCGUGCAUCGUCAUCAUGGUGCUGCUGAACGCGUGCGUGUGGCGCUUCUUCGUCAAAGCGCUCCACGCGGACGGCGGAACGUUGGUCGCGGCGCUCGUCAGUGCGGCCACCAACUACACCGCCUCGGCCCUGCUCGGGUGGUUCAUCUUCGACGAGCGGACCUCGUUCCUGUGGUGGAUCGGAACGGCACUGGUGCUGGCCGGGCUGCUGCUGAUUGUGAACGACGACGAGCAGACGAAGAAAAAGCAGUCUUAAUUUGUGAUUUUUGUUUUAAGU